CAUGAGUUUACGUUUAAAAUUGAAGAUUGAUGCGCAUCAUAGUAUUUUUUUCAAAUUUCCAGAAAUUUCAGAUUUCCAGAAAACCAGGAGUUAUUUUUAGAUGAACUUGACAUUCGAAUACGCACAUCAGUUCUCCGCUAAUGUAACAGAUUGUUAAAACAUUUUCAUCAUUGAUUCGAAAAUUACUUUGUAGAAAGGAGAUAGAUUAAUGAAUCAGGAUAUACCUUUGUAUAUGAAGAAAAACUAAAGAAAACUUCACUCUCUUUUCGCUUACAUUGUAUAUGUUUGUGGCAUUAUGGGGAGAACGCCUUCAUGGCAAGAUCGAAGGAACAAUACGACUGACUUCCCUUUUUGGUGUAAAAUCUGUGGACCCAAGGAAAAACGAUUUAAAACAGAAAAAGACAAGCAGACACACGAUGAAAUGAAAGAAAGCCAUGAUCCUAAUUUCGUGCCUGUCAAAAGAAAGCAGACACGACGGAAGAAAAAGAAGAAACAAAAUAAGUUCAAAGUCAACAAAAUAAUUGAUUCAAAAGUUUUACCGGAUGAAAAUUAUAGAAAAAAGUGUAAAGCUGUUUUAAAACGUAUCGGGGAUAUUCUGAAGAAUAACGUUUCUGAAAGAUAUAGACCUGCAGAAGUCAUUAAGGCUGGAUCAACUGGAAAAGGGACUGCAAUAAAGGGCAAUUCAGAUGUAGAUAUUGUAUUUUUCUUACCGGAAACAAACUUCAGCACGGUGGAAAGCAUGGUUUCUGAACACAAAUUAAUUUUAGAUGACGUCAAGAAAACUCUGAAGAGCUCAGAUUACAAUGUUAUUGGUACAACUUCCAAGGCUUUGAAAUUGAGAGUAAAAUGUCAUGAACAUGGUUCUGGGAAAUCUCAUGGUAUCGAUGUUGAUGUCUUGCCUGCUGCAAAUUUUGGAAAAUUAGGCGCAAGUAUUGAAAAAGAUGAUCUUCAAGAAAUAUACGAUAAAAUGAAAAGCGGUCCUUUGUCAGAAAGGAAGUUUUAUACUCUAUCCUUAACAAAACAGCAAAAAAUGUUUGUGAAAAGAGACAGACCUGAAACCUUGAAACGGUUGAUUCGAUUUGUUAAAUACUGGAAAAAGACAAGUAUUCAGGUUAAGAAUCCACCAUCCUCUUAUAGCUUUGAAUUGCUUCUAAUUGAUUUAUGGCAACAAGACGGGGAACCAGAAAGCUUCACUAUUGAAAAUGGACUACGUCGAGUUAUGGAACAAUUGGCGGAUUAUAAAUCUAUCAAAGUAGAAUUUUUCGAGUACUAUUAUGAAUGCAUGAAACAAAGGCAUACUAAACCCUACAUAAUAGAUCCUGUGAACCCUUACUCAAAUGUACUUGAUGAAACUCAUUCUGAUUGGAGUGUUGUGGCGAGUCAUGCCAAGAAGUACCUUGAAAAGGCACACAUGAAAGUUGCUAAAAGUGGAUUUUGCAGCUAAUAAUGAACUCAGAAUGUGAACAAGUACUACAGUUUCUCGAAUUAUAGUUUUGUUGUAGUAUGAGCAUCACUUAAAAUACACUAACGAAAGGGUCGAUGAAGGGACAGAUAAGACACUUUAACUUGACAACAUUAAAACAUUGGUUAGUGUAUCUAUACUAUUGAAAUUGUAGGAUUGUAAGAAUAAUGAUAUCCUUGAUCUAGGCAAUUCAAUUUUUAAAACCAAGAUUCGAGUUAGAACGGAGAGACACUUUUGUUAGCUUAAAGGUUCAUUUCAAACGUGUUUUAUGUACGUCAUCAAACUCAAAGGGUCCAACAUUUAAGUGUAUUGCUUAAGUGGUUAUGGGUAUAUAAUAGAGUAACAGGGGAGGUAGAAAUCUAUAAAAUUUUAACACAAGGUUUAUGACCACAAAAGAAAGGUUGGGAUUGAUUUUGGGAGUUUUAGUCCCAACAUUUUAGGAAUUAUGGGCCAAAAAGGGCCCAAAUAUGCAUUUUCUUGGUUUUCGCACUAUAACUUUAGUUUAAGUUAAAAGAAAUCUAUGAAAUUUUGACACAAGGUUUAUGACCACAAAAGAAAGGUUGGGAUUGAUUUUGGGAGUUUUGGUUCCAACAGUUUAGGAAUUAGGGGCCAAAAAAGGGACCCAAAUAAGCAUUUUUCUUGGUUUUUGCACCAUAACUUUAGUAUAAGUAAAUAGAAAUCUAUGAAAUUUAAACACAAGGUUUAUGACCAUAAAAGGAAGGUUGGUAUUGAUUUUAGGAGUUUUGAUCCCAACAGUUUAGGAAUAAGGGACCCAAAGGGUUCAAAAUUAAACUUACUUUUUGAUUUUAUAAAAAAUUGAAUAAUUGGGGUUUUUUGAUAUGCCGAAUCUUACUGUGUAUGUAGAUUCUUAAUUUUUGGUUCUGUUUUCAAAUUGGUCUACAUUAAGGUCCAAAGGGUCCAAAAUUAAACUUAGUUUGAUUUUGACAAAAAUUGAAUCGGUUGGGUUCUUUGAUAUGCUGAAUCUAAAAUUGUACUUAGAUUUUUUAUUAUUGGCCCAGUUUUCAAGUUAGUCCAAAUCGGGGUCCAAAAUUAAACUUUCUUUGAUUUCAUCAAAAAUUGAAUAAAUGGGUUCUUUGAUAUGUCAAAUCUAACUGUGUAUGUAGAUUCUUCAUUUUUGGUCCUGUUUUUAAAUUGGUCUACAUUAAAGUCCAAAGGGUCCAAAUUUAAACUUAGUUUGAUUUUAACAAAAAUUGAAUUCUUUGGGUUCUUUGAUAUGCUGAAUCCAAACAUGUACUUAGAUUUUUGAUUAUGGGCCCAGUUUUCAAGUUAGUCCAAAUCAGGAUCUAAAAUUAUAAUAUUAUGUAUUGUGCAAUAGCAAGAAAUUUUCAAUUGCACAGUACUCAGCAAUUACAAGAAAUCUUCAAUUGCACAGUAUUGUGCAAUAGCAAGAAAUUUUCAAUUGUACAGUAUUGCGCAAUACCAAGAAAUCUUCAAUUGCACAGUAUUGUGCAAUAGCAAGUAAUUUCAAUUGCACAGUAUUGCACAAUAGCAAGAAAUAUCUAAUUUCACAAUAUUGUGCAAUAGCAAGAAAUUUCAAUUGGAGUUAUCUUUCUUUGUCCAGAAUAGUAGUUGAAUCAACUUAAAUCAAUGUUUUAUACAAUAUACAAUGUAUAUUCACUUUUACUACCAACUGAUAAAUUAAAACAAUCUUUACCAUUCAGUGAUAACAAGCACUUUUUUUACAUUUUGAUAUUUUAUGAUGUAUUUAAAUGAGUGAUUAUUGUUGCAAACUCCAUUAGAAAUUUGAAUUGAGAUCGGUUUUGGAAUAAAGGAUAGGGGAUGUGAAAUUGGGGAGGAGGGGGUUCAGUUUUUCUCAUUUGAAAUUUCAUAAAUAAAAAGAAAAUUUUUCAAACAUUUUUUUGAGAGGAUUAAUAUUCAACAGCAUAGUGAAUUGGUCCUCAAAGGCAAAACAAAAAAAAUUAGUUCAUUAGACCACAUUCAUUCUGUGUCAGAAACCUAUGCUGUGUCAACUAUUUAAUCACAAUCCAAUUUAGAGCUGAAUCCAGCUUGAAUGUUGUGUCCAUACUUGCCCCAACCGUUCAGGGUUCAACCUCUACGGUCGUAUAAAGCUGCACCCUGCGGAGCAUCUGGCUCGUGAUCGCAACUGCGACACAUCGGGAAAAGAUGCAUUUUAGAGUGGUUUUGGUCAUUUGCUUGAAAAUUAGUACAUGGACCUCUGUUUUUAAAAAUGACACUUGACUUUAAACUGUAAUGAAGAUUAUUUAUUUUUUUACGAAGAAAUCACUGAUAAUUUUCUUAUAAUAAGAUGACCAUACACCAAGAAAUGCCGAUUUUGUUUUCAAAUAUUUCUCCGACUGUCAGUUUUGAUACAUGGGAUCGUUGAUAACAUGAACCCAACCAGGGACAAUUUAAAGCAAAGUAUCGUAAGGCGUGUUCUUGAAAAAAUGUUAUGAUAAAAUGUAGAACCAUGCCUUUGAAGUGUAUAAUACUGCACAUCAAAGCUUUUUAAGAAAGUUAUAUUCAGUAUGGUAUCGUGACAAUUUUAGUUGUAUUUACAAUCUAUUUGAAGCAUCUUUUCGUCUUUUACAUUGUAUAAUGUAUAUUAUUGUCUUUGAUAAAUAACCCAAUGACAAUUAUAGUAUUAAUAAUAAUAUUAUACAAUAAAAAAACAAAUAUAAUAUACAAAGUUGUUCUGAGAUAACGACCAAUAUAUUCCAACUGUCGUAAAUACAAUAUCGUCUCCAUUUUCCAGAAUGUUAGCUACCAAAUUAGACUAAUCACCGGGGUUUCACUUAUUUGAGCACCACGACGGGUUUUACGCAUAGAACAUGAUCUACUUACCCUUCCAGGGCACCUAAAUUCACUCCCAGUGUUGUUGAUGUUACCGUUGAUAAGUCUUGUUUUAUAUAUGUUUUGUUUACUGUAGUUUUUUUCUU